AUGCCAUCGCGCAUCCAAGUUCACCACGGUACCGCCACCUCUCCACGACAAGCACCCAGUACUGUCAACGACGUCGUCAAUGCGCUACAUCGCAAAUUGACCGCCAACCACUUCGAAAUUCCCUCCAACCCAUCCUCAAGAAGACCCUCUUUCUCAAUGGAAUCCCUACUCCAUCCAAAGAAGGACAAGAAACAUGAGGAACUCAAAGAUCGUGACUCACGAAAUCAGAAACGUCUGUCGCUGACCGGUCGUCAUGCCAGCAAAUCCAAGGACAGAACUUCGGGUCACUCGCCCAGAGUCGUUGCCACUCAGCCGGGUCGUUUUGAAAUGGUCAUCGAAUCUCCUCCUCUAGUACUGUACGGAACUCCGAGCACAUCUACAGGAGCCUUGCUCUCGGGUCGCCUGAAGUUGCUCAUUGACGACCCCGCGCGCGAGCUUCGAUUAGAGAAGUUCACUAUGGUCCUGCGAGCAACCACUACUACCAAGAAGCCCGUCGGUAAAGAUUGCAGAGAUUGCAGCGAGAAAGUCGAAGACAUUAAGAAGUGGGAAUUUCUUUCCGAACCCAAGACCUUUUACGCGAGCAAUGACAACCAAUUCCCCUACUCUUAUUUGUUUCCUGGUCAACUUCCUGCCUCCACACAGUCUCAAUUGGCCUCGAUCCAAUACUCACUCGUGGCGACCGCAACCACUUCUCAUGGCGAGAAGAUUGUCCUGAACCAUCCGCUCACCCUUCUUCGCGCCAUUCAACCCGGCCCCGACAAGUCCAGCAUCCGAAUUUUCCCACCAACAAAUCUCACUGGCCGGGUUCAGCUGCCUCCCAUCGUCCAUCCCAUUGGGGUCUUCCCUGUCACCAUGUCGAUGAGUGGCGUCGUGGAGAAGAGAGCCGAAAGCCAGGUCCGAUGGCGGCUGAGGAAAAUGGCUUGGCGGAUCGAAGAGCAUUCCAAGGUCACCUCGACGCCUUGCGCCAAACAUGCGCACAAAGUCAGUGAAGGGAAGUCAAUCCAGCACUCUGAAACAAGAGUGCUGGGGAAUGAUGAGCUGAAAGGCGGCUGGAAGACUGACUUCGAUACCAUUGGCGGAGAAAUCACCAUGGAAUUCGAAGCGUCUCUCGCCACCAAAUCGAGCCACCGGGCUACUUGCGAUGUCGAAUCUGCUUCAGGGAUCGAAGUCAAGCACAACCUGGUGCUCGAGUUGAUUGUUGCGGAAGAGUUCUGCCCGAAUAAGAACCCCUCUCUGAUUACUCCCACCGGCGCUGCACGUGUGUUGAGAAUGCAGUUCGGCUUGAUCGUCACCGAACGUGCAGGUAUGGGCAUCAGCUGGGAUGAAGAAAUGCCGCCUGUCUACGAAGAUGUUCCCCCGAGCCCACCAGGAUAUGGCAGUUCGGAUAGAAAUGAUGGUGCCUGGGGUGGCGCCAUUAUGGAAGAUUACCACGGCCCAGAGCUCGAGUACGAAGACCUGGAAACGAUGCACUCUCAACAUUCCAAUGCACCAUCAUCACCUCGGGCUAGUAACGCGGGCCUUCCCAUGCGUGACCGACCCCAUCAUUUGACGAGAGACAAUUCAAACGGCGAGGGAUCGUCGCGGAGAUUGAGUCCUCCUAGACGGCACUUGGGUGGCAUGACGAACGACGAGUUGGGUGCAGAGCCGCCCCAAUAUGCGCUGCGACCUACGAGCGAGUCUCGGAAUGAUGAGCAAAGUGGUCCUGCCGAAGAUUAUGGAGAAGGGACCUCGUCGAACUCGCAACGCGGAUGA